AUGUCCCCUACAGAUCGCGACAAGCCGACGAUCCCACCCGUCUCCGAACGCGAAGACGUCUCUUCUACCCCGUCUUCCGACCUGGAAAAUCUUCCGGGCCAUCAUCAUUACGGUUCGAAUCGUCGCGAGCACGUCUUCUCGGACCCGGCGGUCGCGGCGCACUGGCAAGGGAUUUAUGACGAGGCUGAGUAUGAGGGUCGGCAUCGCUUUGAUCCGGAAUGUAGCUGGACGGCGGAGGAGGAGAGGGGGUUGGUGAGGAAGGUAUGUGGAUCCCUUUUUUCUUCGAUCUCCUGUGUGUGUGUGUACAAGUGUUGGACUACUGAGGGGGUGGGAGAGGGAGGAUGUUGAUUUGAUUUCAGGUCGAUUUUCGAAUCAUGUUAUGGUGCUGGGUCAUGUUCUUCGCGCUGGAUUUGAAUCGGAAGAAUAUCAAUCGCGGUGAGUUGGGCAAAAAAAAAAAAAAAGAAAAACAAGUGAUGGAUGAUGGGGGAAAUAUGGAAAAUUUGGCGUUUGUGGGCUGAUUCUUGACAAGCGAUAAGCGACAACAUGCUGGAAGAACUCGGGAUGGACACGGACGAUUACAACAACGGACAGACCAUCCUUCUCGUCUCCUUCCUGGCGGCCGAACUGCCCUCGGGUCUGAUCUCCAAGAAACUGGGCCCCGAUAUCUGGAUCCCGUUCAUCAUCUGUGCCUGGUCCGUCGUCUCCGCGGCCCAGGCGGGGUUGACGAAUAUCACGGGCUAUUACGUCUGUCGGUGUCUGCUGGGGUUGCUGAUGGGGGGUUUCAUCCCGGAUACGGUGCUCUAUAUCACGUAUUGGUAUAAGAGCCAGGAACUCCCGAUCCGGCUGUCCUGGUUCUGGACCGUUCUGAGCGUGACGCAGAUUGUGGGCUCCUUCAUCGCGUCGGGGGUGCUGCAGAUGAGAGGCUUGCAGGGCUGGUCCGGGUGGCAGUGGCUGUUCCUGAUCGAAGGGUCGAUCACGGCCGUCAUCGGUCUCGCGUCUUGGGGUCUCAUGCCCGCGAGUAUCUCGCAGACUUCGGGCUGGCUGAGGGGGAGGCAAGGCUGGUUUUCGGAGCGCGAGGAGAAGAUUCUCGUCAAUCGCUUGUUGAGGGACGAUCCGUCCAAGGGCGACAUGAAUAAUCGGCAAGCCGUGGAUUUCGCACGGUUUUGGAAAGCGCUCAAGGAUUUCGAUCUGUGGCCGCUGUACCUGGUUGGUAAGAAGUUUUUCCCGUCUCCAAUCCAUGGCUUGGUGGAUGAUGAGUUGAGGCUGGUAGUUGCUGACUCGCCAAAAAGGUCUUAUGAACUAUAUCCCGCCCGCGCCUCCGGCAAAUUACUUGUCGUAUAUUCUGCGACAGAUGGGUUAUAGCACGCUCGAAGCGAAUCUGCUCACGAUCCCAUCGCAAUUCCUGUUCGGAGUCAAUGUGAGCAUCUCUGAUCCCACAGCAUGAGAAACGUCCUAACAAUGGCCAGCUCCUCCUCAUCUCAUGGGUGUCAGAACGGCUGAACGAACGCGGCUUCAUGUCCAGCCUCUCCAACAUCUGGAUCCUCCCCUGGCUCGCAGCUCUCGUCGCUCUGGGAAGCAGUGCCUCCGACUGGGUCCGAUACGCCCUCCUGACAGGCCUGCUCUCCUACCCUUACUGCCACGCCAUCCUCGUCGCCUGGAAUUCCAGGAACUCCAAUUCGGUGCGCACCAGAGCGGUCUCGGCUGCGUUGUACAACAUGUUUGUGCAGGCGGGGAACAUCAUCGGCGUGAACAUCUACCGCGAGAAUGAUCGGCCGUUCUACAUUCGCGGGAAUAAGAUUCUGCUGGGCAUCUGUUGUUUUAAUGUGGUGCUUUUGUGGGUGGUCAAGUACUACUAUGUCGCGAGGAACGAGAAGAGGCAGAGGGCUUGGGCGAAGAUGAGUGGGGAGGAACAGGCGGAUUACUCCGCGCAUACCACGGACGAGGGAGCCAAGAGGUUGGAUUUCAGGUUUGCGACGUAG